AGAGCCUCCUCCACAUGCUGCGUAACCCUGCGGGCCGUUGCAGCUGUCGUUUCUUCUGGGAAGCCUCCUCUGACCUUCCUCUGGAUGUCCAGCAAGGUGGCCAUUGGCAGUGACAUCGGGCAGGCCCGCCGGGCCGUGGAGCAGCUGCGGAUGGAGGCAGGCAUCGAACGCGUGAAGGUGAGGGAGGGUGGUGGCACGGGCGUGUCUGGGCGAGGGGGCAGGUGGGCAGCCCCGGCCUGGCUGACCAGUCUGGACUGCAGGUGUCCAACGGCCUCCGACCUGCUGCAGUUCUGCAUGGAGCAGGCCAAGAGCGACCCCUUCCUCGUGGGCAUCCCCGCUGCCACCAACCCCUUCAAGGAGAAGAAGCCCUGCACCAUCCUGUGACCUCCACGGCCCCGACCACCCGGGAGGCCGCAAUAAACAUGAAGUGAGGGAUCCCCA